AUGAACAAGUCAUUCCUCUCGAUGUGCGCCGGGCCGCUUCUGUUCGCCUUGGCCGUCAACGCUGCCGACUACAACGAGCCGGCCCCGACCCCAUCCCCGACCUACUCGAGACCGGUCUCCAGGUACUCGGGCCCUACCCCAACAUACUGGCCUGACUCCUCGGACUCCUCGGACUCCUCGGACGCCAACGCCGGUCCCAACGACGACUACACCUCGCCGGCCACGACCCCGUCCCCGACCACCGAGAUCUACCCGGACUUGAAUGAAUCCUACGAGGCGGAGGUGACUCCGGAGCCGGUCAUGGACACCCCAGCGCCAUCACCCGACAUGGAGACCACGUCAGGGCCUACGGAGUACUACGUCGAGACGACGGAGGAUGGAGACAUGGAGAAGGUGCCGACGUCGGACGGUGGGUCGAAGGAAGAGGAAAAAGAGGAAGAGGAACCGAUCCCGAUGGAGAACCCGGAGGAUGGGAUGUCCUGCUCCACAUACGACGAGGAUGUGGAUGUGGCCACUAUCCUCCCCGAGACGUGCGAAUGGAACACCUACAUGUGCUGCUGGACCGGCCACGACGGGUCCAAGGGCAUGUACGGCAACGCCGAUGUCUGCCGCGUGCUGGACUACCCCGAGGAGGGCGACGUCCUCGAACUGCCCCGUGACGAUGAAGGCCCCGUCUACUGCCACGGCUUCGCCUGGGCAGACGACGCGGACAUCGACAGCCACAUCCUCCCCCUGUACCACUACGUGACGAACGUGAACCGCACCGACGACGGGGGGUACUACGGAAACGUCGAGGGAGUGCCUUCGUGUGGAUGUAUCGAGGACAUGCCGGUCGUGUCCGAUGCGGCGUGCUCCAAGUUCGGAGGCGAAGGGAUCGAGCCUUGCUGGGACAACAGUCUUCGUUCCCAGUACAAGUACAAGCUGGACGAACCGAAGGGCGAGAUGGAAUACAACCUGGUCAGAGAGUGCGACAACGAGGAUGUGCCCGACUACGACUUCCGCACCUGCAACCACAACACGUACAUGUGCUGCUGGACGGAGAACGACGGCCAGGGGAUGGCCGACAACACGGAUGUGUGCCGAGUGAUCGACUACCCGUCGAUGGGCGAGACCACCGAGUACCCUGGAGAGAGCGAGGGAGAGGUGCACUGCCACGGGUUUGUGUGGCCGGAGGACGCCACCGACAAGUACAUCCACCUCCUGGCGCAGUUCGUGCAGCACUUCGACCACAGGGACAGGCGGGGCUACUUCGGAAACAUCGAGGGUGCCCCCAUGUGUGGCUGCAUCGAGGAAAUGCCGCAGGUUUCCGAGGCCGACUGCACGACGUACGACAACGAGCCGGGCCGAGAGGGCAAGUUCACGGCGUGCACCAACAACGACCUUCGCACCCGUUACGAAGAGGAGUACCCCAUGGGCGAGCUUGACAACCUGGUCGGCGAGUGCGACAACGCGGAGGCUUGA